AUGGCAUCUGCACACAUUGUCUUCUAUCUGAUAUGUUUCUUCUUGGGUGUAAUUGCUCAGAAGAACAACCUGCAUUUAUCCUCCUCUGUUCAUGAAGAAGCACGUUUUAUAUCAGCUAAAUCUGGAGACAGCGUGACUUUACAUUGUUACUAUGAACACAGUGUUUCUGCACGUUUUUACUGGUAUAAACAAACUUUAGGAGAGAAACCAAAACGUAUUUCUAACUUCUAUAUAUCAGAACACUAUUUAGUAAAAUUUCAUGGUCCAUUCAAGAAUAAUGCACGUUUCAGACUAGAUAAUGAAAAAGGAAAAAACCACUUGAUUAUCUCAGACUUAAGCGUUUCAGACUCAGCAACUUACUACUGUGUAUAUUCCUAUUUCUACACAUUAAUGUUCUUAGAGACCAUUAUUGUCAGUGUCAAUGAUUCAGAUUUAAACAUACAAGCUUUAGUUCAUCAGUCAGCAUCUGAGACCAUCCAGCCAGGAGGCUCUGUAAGUCUGCACUGUAUGGUGCACACUAUGCUGAGCUGUGAUGGAGAACACAGUGUUUACUGGUUCAAAGACUCUGAAGAUUCUCAACCAGGACUCAUUUACACCCGUGGAGUCAGGAAUGAUCAGUGUGAGAGGAAAGACAACAAAAGCACACACACCUGUGUCUAUAACUUGAGAAUUGAGAGCCUGAAUGUGUCUCACGCUGGGAUCUACUACUGUGCUGUCGCCCUAUGUGGACACAUAAUGUUUGGAAACGGGACCAAGCUGGACUUUGGGGUUUGUCGAGAUUCUUCUGCCGUGAUGUAUUUCUUAAGCGCAGCUUUAACACUCACCACCAUCAUCAGCGUGUUAUCAACUUUUUUAGUGUAUAAGAUGAAAAAGAGGAACAACUGCCAAUCCAGAGGUUAG